UCAAAAAUUAAAGCAAAACAAUAAAAAAAAAAUUGUUACAAGACUUACUUAAACAAAUCUAAAAAUCUAAAAAUGACAACAGAUACCCGCCGGCGUGUUAAAUUAUAUGCGCUCAACGCGGAACGGCAAUGGGAUGAUCGUGGUACGGGGCAUGUGUCAUCUAAUUACGUAGAUCGCCUUAAAGGAAUAUCAUUGUUAGUACGAGCCGAAUCAGAUGGUUCUUUGUUAUUGGAAAGUAAAAUACAACCUGAUACUGCCUAUCAGAAACAACAAGACACACUUAUUGUGUGGUCUGAAGGUGAUAAUUUUGAUUUGGCAUUAAGUUUUCAAGAAAAAGCCGGUUGCGAUGAGAUAUGGGAAAAAAUUUGUCAGGUUCAAGGGAAAGAUCCAUCUGUUGAAAUUACACAAGAUAUUGUUGAAGAAUCAGAAGAUGAACGUUUUGAAGAUAUGUCUGACACUGCACCGCCAAUAGAAUUGCCUCCUUGUGAACUUGCACGUCUUGAAGAUAUUUCUGAAACUAUACAAAGUUGUUUAACCACACCACUGCGUAAAGAAAAAUUAUCUAUGGCAUUAGAAUCAGAGAAUUAUAUAAAGAAAUUAUUAAAUCUCUUUCAUGUUUGUGAAGAUUUGGAAAAUACAGAGGGUUUACAUCAUCUCUUUGAAAUUUUUAAAAAUAUAUUUUUAUUAAAUAAAAAUGCCCUCUUUGAAAUAAUGUUUGCCGAAGACACUAUAUUUGAUGUGGUUGGUUGUUUGGAAUAUGAUCCAAGUGCUACUCAACCCAAAAAACACCGUCAGUAUUUAAAACAGUGGGCUAAGUUCCGUGAAGCAGUUCCGAUUAAGAAUCAAGAUCUGCUCGCUAAAAUACAUCAAACGUUCCGAGUACAGUAUAUUCAAGAUAUAAUUCUACCUACACCAUCUGUUUUCGUUGAAGACAAUAUGUUAAAUACACUUUCCAGUUUUAUAUUCUUCAAUAAAGUUGAGAUUGUUACGUUAAUACAAGAGGAUGAGCGAUUAUUGGUUGAUAUGUUUAAUCUAUUAACUGAUCCCAAUACGACCGAUGCAAAGCGUCGAGAUAUUGUUUUAUUUCUGAAGGAAUUUUGCAACUAUGCACAAAAUUUGCAACCUCCAGGAAAAGAUUCUUUUUACAAGUCUCUAACUUGUUUGGGUAUUUUACAAGCGCUCGAGAUAACACUUAUGAUGCGCGAUCAAAAAACAAAAUCAGCAUCUAUUGAUAUACUGACAGCUAUUGUGGAAUUUUCUCCCCUUGUAGUGCGGAAUUAUACACUACAACAAGUUAAUCGCACUGAAGGAGAUCGAAUGCUUCUUAACAUUGCCAUCGAACAAAUGUUGACUGAUUCCGAACCUGAACUAGGUGUGGCGGUGCAAUUAAUGGGUAUAAUUAAAAUUUUAUUAGAACCCGAAAAUAUGCUAACUGAAAAAGGAGAUUUUCUGAAUUUCUUUUAUAAGCAUAGUAUACAAACACUAAUUGCACCAUUGUUAUUAAAUACAAUUGGAGAACGCCCUCAAAGUGAUGACUAUCAAACUGCUCAACUGCUGGGAAUUGUCCUAGAUAUAUUGUCAUUCUGCGUUGAGCAUCAUACUUAUCAUAUUAAAAAUUUUAUUAUACAAAAAGAUCUCCUUAAAAGGAUACUUGUCCUUAUGAAGAGUAGACAUACGUUCCUUGUGCUUGGUGCGCUCAGACUUCUAAGGAAAAUAAUUGCUCUAAAGGAUGAGUUUUACAAUAGACAUAUUGUAAAAGGUAAUCUGUUUGCACCGGUCGUUGAUGCUUUCAUAAGGAAUAAUGGAAGAUAUAAUUUACUCGAAUCUGCUAUUUUGGAAUUAUUUGAGUUUAUAAAACUUGAAGAUAUAAAAACUUUAUGUGUUUAUUUUGUUGAGAACUUCAGUAAAAUAUUUGAUGAAAUCGAAUAUGUACAAACAUUUAAAUACUUAAAGAAUCGAUAUGAUCAGUAUCAGGAUAGAAUAAAGGAUCGCGAUAAGAUGUCGCUCGAUUCAAGCGGUGGUAUACCAAUUAUACGUGGUGGUCGUUUUAGACGCGAUCAGCGACAAAUGGAAGAGGAGGAAGAAAUGUGGUUUAAUGAAGAGGAAGAUUUUGCUGAGGAAUUAGACACAUAUAACAACGUAAUGAAAUCUGUAACCGACAAAAACGCGCAACAAUCUCCACAACAAACACAAUUGCAAAAGUCGCCUCCACAAAAUUCGCAACAAGUUCAUGGCAUUUUAAGUAAUAAUACCAAUAACAAUUUAAAUUCCACGACGGCAUCUCCAACGCUUUCACCUACUGGUGGUGGUAAUGUAGGAGGCGGUGAUAUAAAUAGUGCUACCAGCGCUGAACAAAAGACCCAACAAGCAGCCGCGCAUUUGGGAGCGGUUGCAACUGUUACCGCCGCUGGUAUAGCAUUACAGCAGCAACAUCCGUUACAUAGUUUCCAACAACAACAACAAUUGAGUUUAAAUGGUUCAAUAUUAGCUGCAACCUCAAAUCCUGGAACGAAUAUCGAGUCGCAACAGCAACAACCAAGUGAAAUUGGUGAUUUACAAGAACAGUUAAGUGUUGUUGAACAGCAACAAGAAGAUUUAACAAUUUCCAGUGGAAAUUCAGCAUCCGUCUCUCCAUCGACUGCAUCCUCAUUGUCUGAGUCGGCAGCAGCCGUAGCCGCUGCUGCAUCACAAAUUCUAACAUCAAUAGCGUCAACAAUAGGCGCAACAGCAUCAACAGUAGCAGCAGCAGCAAGUGCUAAUGUAGUUGCUUCUUUAAGCUUAAAAAGUGAAGAUGAAGAAAAUAGUGAAAGCAAUGAAGAAAAGCCGAAUGCACCUUCAGUAGUGUUAAAUGAAAGCGCAAUCAAGAAGGGGCUCGUUGAUUAUGAGAGCGAUUCUGGUGAAGAGGACGAUUAUGAGGAAGAAGAGGAUGAGAUACCACAUCAGAAGAAACCACGUCUGGUAUAGCAAAAUUAUACGAAAAAUGUAGCAGCUGCUGCUGUUGUAGCUGCAGAAUCCAUUAUGAAAACAUUUGCAACAAUGUCUUCAACAUAUUACAACAACAGAAAUAGAAACCACAACAGUAAAUAACUUUUUUUAAUUAAAAAAAAUAGUGCAGCGAAAAAGAUAAUAAUUUUUUUUGCAUGAAAUUUCGUUCACCAAGCACACAGUAAUUUUACUUUAUAAUAUAAAAAUAAGGUAACUUAUUAAUUUGGAAACUUAUAAUGCAAAUUAAUUUGCAUUAUUUUUAACCAUAUAAGUAAGAAAAAAACAUUUUUACAAGAUACGAAGAAGUGAGGAAACAAAAAAAAAAAAACAAAACAAUACCAAAUUUGGUCUGGUAUAUGUUCUUUUCCACAAUAUAUAUAUAAAAAUAAUAAUAUUCAAUGUUAUAAAAAAAAACCAACAAA